AUGAAAACUCCCUCGCGCAAGUAUUGGCUCAUAGUUGCCUCGAAAGAUCAUGUUUCUCGCGGAAUGGAACUUGGCAUUGCUCAAGCAUGUCAUGGAAAAUGUACUCCUCUUUCGAAAAUGAAAGCAGGUGAUCGAAUUGUAUUCUAUUCUCCAAAAUUGAAAUUUGAAGGCACUUCAAGUAAAACCAAUAAUCAAUGUCAUUCGUUCACAGCGUUGGCCACAGUUUCCCAACAGGAUGAACCUUAUCAAGUGACCAUGAGUGACGAUUUUAAACCAUGGAGAAUUAAGGUAGAAUUUGAUAUGGAUGUGAAACAACAAGUUCAUGUGAAAACAUUGUUGGAUGAUUUGGAUUUUAUCACCAAUAAGAAGAGUUGGGGCAUGUCAUUCCGGAAUGGACAUCGAUCGAUUAGUUAUGAAGAUUUUCAUAAAAUUGAGAGGGCCAUGAAAUUCAAUAACGAAUCACAGAAUGAAUAG